CAUCUUCCAAAAGGCCUGUAUCCUGGCGUGAGGUCAGUCGCACAAGAUCCUGCGCGCGCGCAACUAGUCUUGUUAACAUGUUAGUGUUGUAUCUUGUGUGUUUGUGUCUGUGUUUGGGACAUGGAUUAACGCAAGGUCUAGGAGACAGCUGCAGCCAUGAUGGCGUCUCAGGUGUCUGCAUACUCGCUAACGGUUGUCCGUCCGUUUUGGCAGAUCGAUGGAAAUUGAGAAGUGCGAAGCGAUGCGGAUUCAGAGGUCAUGAACCUAUAAUAUGCUGCACUGAUCGUAAUAUCGGCGGGGCCGAGGACCGCUUUGUGGCCACCACACCUUUCAUCCGGUCCACCACCACGGAGUACACACCCCCCGUUGCUGACUACAAAGAACUGAUUCCUGGAGCCAUCGGCGAUGGCAAGUGUGCCCCCGUGCCUCAGAAAUAUACCGCGGCCAAAACUGGGAGGAAGGCUUUUGACAAAUGCAUAGAAUACCAAGAGAAACUAGUGUACCCGUGCGAGCGCGGCGUGGACUACACGGGCAAGAAGAGCCGCGGCAACUACUGCUUGCACAACGCGGACGAGCUGAUCGUCGGAGGGAAGGAUGCGAAGCGGGACGAGUUUCCGCACAUGGCGUUGCUGAUCUUCGGGGACGGCUCCUCAACCUCAACAGUAUGCGGCGGUACCAUAAUCAGUGAGAACUUCAUUCUGACGGCCGGACACUGCACAUAUGUACCGAAAAUUGGGGCAGUAACAUCUGUGAAGGUAGGCCUGCUCCGCAUGACGGAAGACGUUCCCUCGCACCGCGAGCAUCGCGUCAAGCGAAUUAUCAAACAUCCUCAAUACAAGGCGCCUACCAAAUACCAUGACAUCGCUCUGCUGGAGACUGAGACACCGAUAAUUUUAGGCCCUAACGCGAUCCCAGCCUGCCUCCACAUCGACGAGACAGUGGACGACUCACGCGCCUCCGCCACGGGCUGGGGACACAACAAAAGUUUGGGAGAGGUUCUAGACGUCCUGCAGAAGGUGACACUGCAAAAGUUCACCCCGAAAGAGUGCACGGAAAAAUUCCGAAACAUCCACCAUCUUGCCGAAGGCUACGAUGAACGCACACAGAUCUGCUAUGGCGACUAUGAACAGAAGAAGGAUACCUGUCAGGGUGACAGUGGGGGCCCUCUCCAAAUAAACAACCAGCGUAUCCACUGCAUGUACACCGUGAUCGGCGUGACGUCAUUCGGCAAGUACUGCGGGCAGGUCGGCAGGCCCGGCAUGUAUACCAGGGUGUCGCACUACGUCAGUUGGAUCGAAAGCGUCGUAUGGCCUUGAGAUACUACAAUAAAUUACAAUUUAUAAGAAAAA